AUGACUGGCCUGGUCGCCUCCUUUGCCAUGCAGCCCUGGCCCACCUCUCCCCCCUGUGCAUUCUGGUUUGGUUUGGUUUGGUUUGGUUUGGUUUUGGCAGGAUCCUUUUAGUGAACAGAGACCUGGGAACCCUGACACACCAGCCCCGGGCAGGCCCCCUUUCCAGCCGUCCCCGUCUCCUUCCCUCCGACCUCAACCUCAGGGCCGUGGGAGCAAAGCAGCCAGAGGUGGCUUCUGAGCAGCAGACCCUGGGGAAGCAGCUCCAGGCCCCGGCUCUGGGGCUGCUGGAAAGGGGGCCACAUUGCACCAUUCCCAGCCUGCACCGGGAAGAGGGGUGUGAGGGGCCCGUCCACAGCGUGGAACAGGCACUCUGGCCGAAUCCCACAGCGCGGCCUGUGCGAGCACCUCUGGAAGCAGAGGGGUCCCCGGGGGCCAGGCCUGGUGCCAGGGGCAGAGGGCGUUCAUCACAGCAGGAGCAGACACCCAGGCGGCUCUGGCUGCCAGGCUCUGUUCCUCAGGGGGUGGGGGUUGGCCGUCCUGGGAACUCCAGCUUUCCCUUCCGGGUUCCCACCCCCACCGUGGGCAGAGACAGACCCCAGGAGGUGGCACUAUCCACACGCCCUGGUGUCUGCUAUAGGCGUAGGCCCUGCCCUGCCUCUCCUCUCUGCCAGCCGCCGUCAGGUACUUUCUACCGUUAUCUCAUCCAAACCUCCCUUAUGUCAAACCUCCUAAACUAGGUCGUUGCAUCCCCAUUUUGCAGAUAAGAAAAUUGAGACUCGGAAAGGUUAGUUGAUCAGCCCGGGAAAGCAAUGGCAGAUAUAGGAUGCCAGGGCUCACGGGCUUUUCCACUUGAAGCUAACAUAGGGUGUGAGACAGUCUGGCUGGGAGGCCAGGGGUCCUGUCCUUCCUAGCCAGUCGCCGAUGAAGCUGGGGCACUCGUGUCCGCUCGCCCCCGGCAGCUGCCUUAGCUUGGCCACCUGCAGCCCCACUCGGUGCUGUUCACCAGGGGUGCAUGGCCAGCCACCACUGUGCAUGUCUCCCCGUAGCAUCCUUUGUCCUCCCCAGGCUCCCAGCAGCCAGUUGACGGGGCCCGUGAGUCCUUUCCCACUCUGCCCCUUCGGGUGUGACAGGAUUACCCCAGGUCCCCCACCGGGAGGCUGAGGGGCAGCCAUUUGUGCUCUGCUGUUGGUGUUAGAGCCCUGUGGGGCUUCCUCCGGUGACCUUUACAUGUACCGUGUGGUAUGUGGAAGGUGACAGAGCGUGAGGUGACAAGAAGCUGCCGCUCGGAGCUGUGCUGUGGGGAGAAGCUCCACGCCCAAGCAGAGGAAAGGCUGGGACAGGCCUGAGACCAGGCUGGGCUUCUGAGCAGACCCAGGAGAAGCCUCAGCAGAGAUAGGAAGUCAGGAGUCAGGCCACUGCUGACCAGAGGACAGAGGUUUCUAUGGAGACGGGAGGAACAGGAAGCAUGGGGCCUGGGGGGAGGGGGUGUUGGGAGCGUAGAGGAGUGGGUGCCUUAGAGGCGAGCUUGUCAUAGGGUGUCAAGUCAGCCAGCUGACUGCCUCCUUGGACCAACAAGGAGACUGAGGCCCGUGAGGGAGGGGCUUUGCACAUGGCCACACGAGGCCAGGCUGGCCUAGCCUGCCCCGCCCCCGCUCACACUGACUGCACCGUCAGGCCCCUGAGGAGACCCCGGGGCAGUGUGUGGGCUCGAACGCGGUAGGGGAGCACCUAUAAGUCGCCCCCGUGUCAUGAGGCGGAUGUGCGGGCGACCUCGUCCUCCCGGCGCCUCUUGUCGUGGGUCUGGGGCAGCAGGCAGGGUCCAGCCCUCACUGCCACCCAGCGAGCAACUGCCGCACCUCCCCCCCCUCCCCAGUGACUGUGGCCUUUUGUUUUCUGGGUGAAACUCACAUCAGGCGGUGUGUUUGGCUGACUAAUCUCCUCUGGGCUGGGCAGCUGUCACAGGGCGGCCUGACCAGGCGGGCAGGGAAAGCUGACACCCUGGGGCAGUGCUGGCAAGCCGGUGCCCCGGGGCAGUGGGCAGCUGGGCCUUUGGGCUCCUCUUCCUGGGUGCAGAGCAGACCCUGCGUCAGGCAGCCCUGAGUUCAGGUCCCAGUCCUGCCGCUGACCAGCCGAGUGAUCUUGGAGCAUGUUACUGCACCUCGUCAAGCCUGUUUCCUCAUCUCUGUAAUGGAGCCAUCGAUCCUGCCUGCCUCAGGAGGUGGUGGUAUUGAGGAUCAAACGCGAUGAUAAACGAAGGCACUUAGCCCAGGGCCUGUCGCAUAGUAGGUGAUGGGUAAAUGGGACUGCUACUGUCCUUAUUAUGGCUCCCUUCCCUCCCCCCCAUCCCACCUUAGUCCCAGCUCGUGGCCCAUCAGGGAAGACCCUGCUCUCUGCCGCAUCUCUGGGGUGUGGGCUUUGGGGUUCAGGUAGAGUCAGGUUCCAGCAGUGGCUCCGCACAGACUAGUUGUGCACUUUGGGGGAGUUACCUCCUCAGUCUCCCACGAGGAACGGGGCAUGAUACAGUAUCUAUUCUUUAGGGUGCUGUGUUUAUUUAUUUAAAUUUUAUUUAUUUAUUUAUUUAUUUUUGGCUGCAUCGGGUCUUCGUUGCUGUGCGUGGCUUUCUGUAGUUGUGGCGAGCGGGGGCUACUCUUUGUUGUGGUGCACGAGCUUCUCAUUGCGAUGGCUUCUCUUGUUGUGGAGCACGGGCUCUAGGCGCGCAGGCUCAGUAGUUGUGGCAUGUGGGCUCUAGAGCACAGGCUUAGUAGUUGUGGCGCAGGGGCUUAGUUGCUCCGCGGCAUGUGGGAUCUUCCCAGACCGGGGCUCGAACCCAUGUCUCCUGCAUUGGCAGGCGGAUUCUUAACCACUGCGCCACCAGGGAAGUCCCUAGGGUGCUGUGGUUUAUAAAAUGGUACACAUGUUUGCAGAGGGCUUAGAACCGUGCCUGUUACAGGUGGGCACUCAGUAAACGUAAGCCGUGAUGGCAUUGACUUUAGGAGGAAGCCAAGAGCUCUCCUGCCUUUCUCCCUGUCACCUGCAGAGGCUGGCGGACUGUAAGAGGCAGAGAGCCGGAGCUGGGCAGACCCGAGCACUGCUUCCCCAGGCAUGGGUGCCUCCAUGUCAGUACCUCCACAGCCAUCCAGGGCCCUGCCCGACGCUGCCUGCCCGGACCCACAGGGCAGUAGCAAAUCAAGGGUGGGGGUGGUGGAUGGGAGGAGUAGGCGCUGGACAUGCAGCCCAGCCCUGAUUCCUCAAACCCAUCAUCUUCCACCUUUUGUCCAGGGCUCCCACGCUCUCUCAGAGGCCCUCAGCUAGCAGAAGUAUCUCUCCUGUCAGCCCCAGGCAGGUGUCCCAUGGCCGUGACUCAGACCUCCCUGUGGCUUCCAGGGCCCAGGAGAGUACUUGAUGGCAGGACACAGGUGUCCCUGGGAAUUCUGGAGGCGUUGCCCCCCUGAAGCAUACCAGGCUUCCUGCCCCUCCCACACUGUUAGGGGGAGGUGAGGGCGCAGGUGCUCCCAGCCACCUGUGCAGAAGGGGCAGCAGCGGGUAGGUGAGCUGGCAAAGGAAGCGGAGCCUGUGUUCAGACCAGGUCAAGGGAGGAUGGCUUGAGCAAGGGUGGUCCCCGAGGCUCCUGCAGGAGGGAGCUCUGGGUAGCUUAGUGUCUGGAAUUCUCAGCGUUUGGGCUUCGAGCAUUGGCCCCCAGGUCAAGGUGCAGUUCAUGGGCUUCCUCAGCAGCAGAGCUGGAAGGGUUUUCCGACAUCAUCCAGCACUUUCUCACAUGGAAUGUCCGUACUGUGCCUCUUCAGAAAGCCACCCGCCUGCCCCUGCCAUGGAGACCUUCUUUAGGAGACACUUCCAGCGGAAGGCGUCAGGCCCUGGAGAGGGGCAGAGGCGGCCCGGUGGCGUGGGGCUGCCCACGGGCAAGGCCCGGCGCCGCUCGCCUGCAGGGCAGGCCUCCUCCUCACUGGUCCAGCGGCGCCGCUCCAGCGCACAGCUCCAGGGCUGCCUCCUGGGCUGCGGGGUGGGGGCCCCGCGCUCCAGCCGCCGACGCUCCAGCACUGCGCCCCCCGCCUGCAACCCCCGCUUCACCGUGGAUGAGGUGCCCGCCCUGCAGCUGCAGCCUGCCGCUGUUGGGGCCCCGUGUCUGGGCGCACCCCUGCUGUUGGCCGGGCUCGUGGGCAUGGAUGAGGAGGAGGGGGUCCAGGAGGAGGAUGUGACAGUUGCGUCAUUGGCCACCCAGCCAGGCACCAAGAGACCGGGGCCAUCCCCGCAUCGGGGAGCCCUGCCCCUGCUGCCCAUUCCCCGCUGGCGCCGGCGCCGGGCCUCCUCCCACCUGCUGCCCGCUGACGUGGUGAAAGACCGCGCCCUCUGGGGCCUGCACGGUUACUACCGGCCCCUCAGCCAGCAGCGGCCCUCAGGCCAGCACCUCAGCCUGGGGGGCCGAAGAGCCUCGGGCACCGCAGCUGGCCCCGGGAUGCCUGCCUGCGUGCGCCCGCUGUCCCGCAGACGCCAGGUAGCCCUGCGGCGCAAGUCAGCCGGACCCCAGACCUGGAGUGCCCUGCUUGCGAAAGCCAUCACCAAGUCAGGCCUCCAGCACCUGGCACCCCCUCCUCCUGCUCCCGGGGCCCCGCGCAGUGAGCCUGAGCGGCAGAUCCGGAGCACUGUGGACUGGAGCGAGUCGGCGACGUAUGGGGAGCACAUCUGGUUUGAGACCAACGUGUCUGGGGACUUCUGCUAUGUUGGAGAGCAGUACUGUGUAGCCAAGAUGCUGCAGAAAUCAGUGUCCCGGAGGAAGUGUGCAGCGUGCAAGAUUGUGGUGCACACCCCCUGCAUUGAACAGCUAGAGAAGAUAAACUUCCGCUGUAAGCCAUCCUUCCGUGAAUCAGGCUCCAGGAACGUCCGUGAGCCAACCUUUGUGCGGCACCACUGGGUACACAGGCGACGUCAGGAUGGCAAGUGUCGGCACUGUGGGAAGGGCUUCCAGCAGAAGUUCACCUUCCACAGCAAGGAGAUCGUGGCCAUCAGCUGCUCCUGGUGCAAGCAAGCAUACCACAGCAAGGUAUCCUGCUUCAUGCUGCAGCAGAUCGAGGAGCCAUGCUCCCUGGGGGUCCACGCCGCCGUGGUCAUCCCACCCACCUGGAUCCUCCGUGCCCGGAGGCCCCAGAAUACCCUCAAGGCAAGCAAGAAGAAAAAGAGGGCAUCCUUCAAGAGGAAAUCUAGCAAGAAAGGGCCUGAGGAGGGCCGCUGGAGACCCUUCAUCAUCAGGCCCACCCCGUCCCCCCUCAUGAAGCCCCUGCUGGUGUUCGUGAACCCGAAGAGUGGGGGCAACCAGGGUGCCAAGAUCAUCCAGUCCUUCCUCUGGUAUCUCAAUCCCCGGCAAGUCUUUGACCUGAGCCAGGGAGGGCCCAAGGAGGCGCUGGAGAUGUACCGCCGGGUGCACAACCUGCGGAUCCUGGCCUGCGGGGGCGAUGGCACGGUGGGCUGGAUCCUCUCCACCCUGGACCAGCUGCGCUUAAAACCACCGCCGCCCGUCGCCAUCCUGCCCCUGGGCACCGGCAACGACUUGGCCCGCACCCUCAACUGGGGUGGGGGCUACACCGAUGAGCCCGUGUCCAAGAUCCUCUCCCACGUAGAGGAGGGCAACGUGGUGCAGCUGGACCGCUGGGACCUCCGUGCGGAGCCCAACCCCGAGGCGGGGCCUGAGGAGCGAGAUGAGGGGGCCACCGACCGGCUGCCACUGGAUGUCUUCAACAACUACUUCAGCCUGGGCUUUGAUGCCCACGUCACCCUGGAGUUUCACGAGUCUCGAGAGGCCAACCCAGAGAAAUUCAACAGCCGCUUUCGGAAUAAGAUGUUCUACGCCGGGACAGCCUUCUCCGACUUCCUGAUGGGCAGCUCCAAGGACUUGGCCAAGCACAUCCGCGUGGUGUGUGACGGGACUGACCUGACCCCCAAGAUUCAGGACCUGAAACCCCAGUGCAUUGUUUUCCUGAACAUCCCCAGGUACUGUGCGGGCACCAUGCCCUGGGGCCACCCUGGGGAGCACCAUGACUUCGAGCCCCAGCGGCACGAUGAUGGCUACCUCGAGGUUAUUGGCUUUACCAUGACAUCCCUGGCAGCACUGCAGGUGGGCGGGCACGGCGAGCGGCUGACACAGUGCCGAGAGGUGCUGCUCACCACGUCCAAGGCCAUCCCAGUGCAGGUGGAUGGUGAGCCCUGCAAGCUCGCAGCCUCACGCAUCCGCAUCUCCCUGCGCAACCAGGCCACCAUGGUGCAGAAGGCCAAGCGGCGGAGCGCCGCCCCCCUGCACAGCGACCAGCAGCCGGUGCCGGAGCAGCUGCGGGUCCAGGUGAGCAGGGUCAGCAUGCACGACUACGAGGCCUUGCACUAUGACAAGGAGCAGCUCAAAGAGGCCUCCGUGCCGUUGGGCACCGUGGUGGUCCCGGGAGACAGCGACCUGGAGCUGUGCCGCGCCCACAUCGAGAGGCUCCGGCAGGAGCCCGAAGAUGCUGGAGCCACGCCCCCGACGUGCCAGAAACUCUCCCCCAAGUGGUGCUUCCUGGAUGCCACCACUGCUAGCCGCUUCUACAGGAUCGACAGGGCCCAGGAACACCUCAACUACGUGACCGAGAUCGCACAGGAUGAGAUUUAUAUCCUGGACCCUGAGCUGCUGGGGGCGUCUGCCCGACCCGACCUCCCAACCCCCUCUUCCCCUCUCCCCAGCUCGCCCUGCUCACCCAGGCCCCGGUCACUGCCAGGGGAUGCUGCACCCCCUACAGGUGAAGAGCUGAUCGAGGCUGCCAAGAGGAACGAUUUCUGUAAGCUCCAGGAGCUGCACCGAGCCGGGGGUGACCUCAUGCACCGAGACGAGCGGAGCCGCACGCUCCUGCACCACGCCGUCAGCACCGGCAGCAAGGAAGUGGUCCGCUACCUGUUGGACCACGCCCCCACAGAGAUCCUUGAUGCUGUGGAGGAAAAGACCCUGAACUUCCUGCCCUUUCUGAUGGCCUUCGGGAGACAGGAGGGCUCAGAGGACUGGAUGGGGUCCACAGCCAGCCCCUGUUCCCCCAGCGGGGAGACCUGUCUGCACCAGGCCGCAGCCCUGGGCCAGCGCACCAUCUGCCACUACAUCGUGGAGGCCGGGGCCUCUCUCAUGAAGACAGACCAGCAGGGCGACACUCCCCGGCAGCGGGCUGAGAAGGCUCAGGACACGGAACUGGCCGCGUACCUGGAGAACCGGCAGCACUACCAGAUGAUCCAGCGGGAGGACCAGGAGACGGCUGUGUGAGGCCAACGGCGCAGCAGGAGGCACGGGCCGCCAGAGGACCAGACCCCUCCUCGCCCACCUCACUGCCACAUUCCAGUCGGAUGGCCAGAGGGACCCGGGACCCAGGCCCCAGGGAAGGAGCCCUGUGCUGCUCCCUGAGGAGCUGCCCAGACCUAGGGCUGGACUCUGAGGAGCUGGGGGCUGGGGUGGGUCUCACCCAGUCCCCUGAGGCCACAGCCUAACCCAGAGGCUCACAGGGGACCAGGAAACUGGACUGGGCUGGGCAGACCAUUGUGGGGGCUGGGGGGGGGGGGGUGCCCUCACCUUCCCUGCAGUGGGUGCCCUGGAGUUGAGGGCACGCAGCCCGGAGGGCAGAGGGCCUUGAGGCCCCGUGAGGGAGCCCCCAGGAAGACGCUUCCUAAGCCUCCGGGUCCUUUAGGACCCUCACUCUGAGGCUCCUGGGAGCUUGGGCCCCUCUCCUGCCCUGACACCCCCCUACCCCCGCCCCCAGGGCUUCCCGGAAACACGGAGCCUGCUGCAUCUGCCUGCCCGACGCCCUGCUUAGCACCUACCCGGUGACCCUCCUCCCAAACCCAGUCAUUUCACUCCGACUGUGUGGCCUGGGGGGCGGGGGGGGGGCUUUCACGGUGACAUGUUUACAGCUGGGUGUGACUCAGUAAAGUGGAUUUUUUUUCCUU